AAAUGGAAGCACUCUAGAUCUGGAAGUGGACAUGCAGCCCAAAAUGAGACCCAUUCCCCAAGUCUAGGGAUGAGAAAUGAACAUCACACCCCCACCACUAGUGCGGUUGAUUAUCAGCAUUUUGAUGUUGGCAUUGGACAAGUAUCCAUCGAUUAUCCUCAGUUAGCCUUUCAUCCGCAGGCCUUCUUUGCCAUGGGUUCACCCAUAGGAAUGUUUUUAACCGUCAGAGGUCUGAAGAGGAUAGAUCCUAAUUACAGCUUCCCAACCUGCAAGAGUUUCUACAACAUCUUCCAUCCAUUUGACCCAGUGGCGUAUCGAAUUGAGCCCAUAAUUUUGUCUCAAGACAUGGACUUGCCUCCCAUGUUGAUACCCCAUCAUAAAGGCAGAAAAAGGAU